CACCAAGGUUUCUGCUUCAAAAAUUCGGAGAAAUGUCAUCUCUAAUGGCGUUUCGAUCUAGCCGAAGCCAGAAGAUGCUCACAAUAGGUUAUCUGCGUCAGUUACGCUCCUCUUCUUCUCAAUUCUCCCGGGUGACGAAAACCUUGACCGUGAAAAACCUGAGUACAUCCACCGCCGCCACAAGUGAUCCUUAUCGAAAUCCUCAGUCCGCCGCAUCUUAUCCACCGCCGCAAGGGCCGAAUCCAUCUCCAGGCUUGUAUUCUCAGCGGUUUCAGAAUCAGAGAAACAGUAAUCAUAGAGCUCCGCGAAACCCUAAUCAAUGGAAUCCCCAACACAGUGGUCAGUAUCAGCAUAUCCCUCAGGGGCAGUAUUAUCAUGGAAACUCAAAUCAAAUCCCUAAUCAGAGCAAUGAGAUAGUGCGCGCUAUGCCUCCUGAUAAAGACUGCUUCUCUUUGUUGUUCGAGUCUUGCGCGAAUCUGAAAUCGCUUGAGCACUCCAAGAAGGUACACACUCACUUCCUGAGGUCUAAGUUUACAAGUGAUCCCAAGCUGAACAACGUUGUGAUUCGUAUGUUCGGGGAGUGUACUAGUGUCACUGAUUCUAAGAGAGUGUUUGAUCAUAUGGCUGAUAAAGAUAUGGAUUCUUGGCACUUGAUGAUGCGUGUGUAUACUGAUAACGGAAUGGGAGAUGAUGCGUUGCACUUGUUUAUGGAGAUGACGAAACAAGGGUUGAAACCGAACGAGGAGACUUUCGUUGCUCUUUUCUCCGCUUGUGCUAGUGUUAAUGCAAUAAAGGAGGCGUUUUUGCAUUUUGAUUCUAUGGAAAAUGAGUUUGAUCAUUACUUGGGUCUUUUACAUGUUUUUGGAAAAUGUGGACAUCUUGUUGAGGCAGAGCAGUACAUCCGCGACCUUCCAUUUGAGCCCACAGCUGAGUUCUGGGAAGCUAUGAGGAGCUUUGGUAAGCUACAUGGAGAUAUCGAUUUAGAGGAUUACACAGAGGAGUUGAUAGUUGAUCUUGACCCUUCCAAGUCUGUAACCAACAAAAUCCCAACCCCUCCACCAAAAUCAUACAGGGACACAAGUAUGCUUGCUAGUAAGAGUAGGAUCCUUGAGUUUCGGAAUCUUACUUUUUACAAGGAUGAAGCCAUGGAGAUGGCUGCAAAGAAGGAAGCGGUUUAUGUUCCAGAUACUCGAUGUGUUCUGCAUGACAUUGAUGAAGAGGCUAAAGAACAGGCACUGCUCUACCACAGUUGGAAGUUAGCGAUUGCUUAUGGUAUAAGAUGCACCCCACCUCGGAAGUCUCUCACUAUCAUCAAGGAUCUCCGUGUGUGCAAUGACUGCCAUAACUUUAUCAAGAUCAUGUCCAAAAUCAUUGGUAGAACGUUGAUUGUGAGAGACAACGAACGUUUCCAUCACUUCAGUGAUGGUAAAUGUUCUUGUGGCGAUUACUGGUAGAGUUCUUAGGUUCUUGAGUCGGCGUUUCCUAUGGCCUUGUUAUCCUAUCGCUCUAAGCUCUCUAGAAGUCUGUUAGCAGUUGGGAACCGAAUUAGGGUUUGUAACAAAUUUUAUCUGCUUUAGACCCUUUUACAUGAGGUAGUACGUGUGUG